CUCGGGCGCGGAGCUCGGUGCGAACGGCCCAGGGCCUGCCCGCAGGGGGAAUGAAUGGGCCCGGCCCCGGGGGGCUGCUUUGCCUUCCUCGCCCCCGCAGCCCCUAGCCUGGCAACGGAUUGGGUUGCUGCUGGGAAAGACGUUCCUCCUCCCACGGCAGCAGUCCGGAGCGGGGCAGGCAGAGGAUGGGGCCCCCCGGUUGUCCUUCGGCAGGGCAUCAGUUGCUAGCAAGUGUCACAGGAGAGCUUGCUGCAUGAAUGAACCAGGAAGAAUAAGAGCUGCUUCAGAGAGAGGAUCCCAGCCGCGCUUUCUCCUCCUGCAGCUCUGAAGUGUGGGAGGGAGACACACAUACAGAAAGAGAGAGAGACAAAAAUCCCAGGUCUUGGGGAGAUGAGAAGCAGAAGCAACUCUGGAGUCCGCUUGGAUGGCUAUGCCCGACUGGUUCAACAGACCAUUUUGUGUCACCAGAAUCCAGUUACUGGAUUGCUUUCGGCCAGCACGGAGGAAAAGGAUGCUUGGGUCCGGGACAAUGUCUACAGCAUUCUGGCUGUGUGGGGUCUGGGAAUGGCUUAUCGGAAGAAUGCAGACCGGGAUGAGGAUAAGGCAAAAGCCUAUGAACUUGAGCAGAAUGUUGUGAAACUGAUGCGGGGACUUUUGCAAUGUAUGAUGAGACAGAUGGAUAAAGUAGAGAAGUUCAAAUACACACAGAGUACCAAGGACUGCUUGCAUGCCAAAUAUAAUUCAGCCACUUGUGCCACAGUAGUAGGAGAUGACCAGUGGGGACAUCUACAAGUAGAUGCAACUUCCCUUUACCUGCUCUUCCUAGCACAGAUGACUGCAUCAGGAUUGCAUAUUGUAUUCACCCUUGAUGAAGUUGCCUUUAUACAGAAUCUUGUUUUUUACAUAGAAGCUGCCUAUAAAGUCGCUGACUAUGGAAUAUGGGAACGUGGUGAUAAAACCAAUCAGGGCAUCCCUGAACUGAAUGCAAGCUCUAUAGGCAUGGCCAAGGCUGCCCUGGAAGCAAUUGAUGAACUAGACCUUUUUGGAGCCCAUGGGGGGUCCAAGUCUGUGAUUCACGUCCUUCCUGAUGAAGUUGAACAUUGCCAGUCUAUUCUAUACUCCAUGUUGCCAAGGGCAUCCACGUCAAAGGAGAUUGAUGCUGGACUCUUGUCCAUUAUUUCUUACCCAGCUUUUGCAGUGGAAGACGUGAACGUUGUUAAUGCAACCAAAAGUGAAAUCCUCACCAAACUGCAAGGGCGUUAUGGCUGCUCUCGCUUCCUUCGAGAUGGAUAUAAAACACCAAGAGAGGAUCCAAACAGGUUACACUAUGAUCCUGCUGAGCUCAAACUGUUUGAGAAUAUAGAAUGUGAGUGGCCAGUGUUCUGGACGUACUUCCUAAUUGAUGGAGUGUUUAAUGGGGACAAAAUUCAGGUUCAAGAGUACAGAGAGGCCCUGGAGGGAAUAAUUAUUAGAGAAAAGAAUGGAAUUCUUCUGAUGCCAGAGUUGUAUACUGUCCCUCCAGACAAGGUGGAUGAGGAGUAUGAAAAUCCUCACUCAGUGGAUCGUCUCCCAGGCGGAAAGUUGCCUCAUCUGUGGGGCCAGUCUUUAUACAUCCUCAGUUCCCUAUUAGCCGAGGGGUUUCUAGUUACUGGUGAAAUUGAUCCCUUACAUAGGAGAUUUUCAACUGCUUUUAAACCUGAUGUUGUGGUGCAAGUAACUGUCUUGGCAGAAUCAAAUGAAAUUAAGGAAAUCUUGAGACACCAUGGAAUCAGUGUUCAGAGCAUUACAGACAUCUAUCCAAUCCGAGUGCAGCCAGCACGGAUCCUGAGUCACCUUUAUGCCAAGCUUGGCCGAAACAAGAACAUGAACCUGAGUGGCCGGCCUUACCGACAUAUUGGUGUGCUUGGAACAUCCAAACUGUAUGUGAUACGGAAUCAAAUAUUUACUUUUACCCCUCAGUUUACUGAUCAUCACCACUUCUACCUGGCUCUAGACAAUCAGAUGAUUGUGGAGAUGCUCAGAACAGAGCUGGCUUACCUCACCUCUUGCUGGAGGAUGACUGGAAGACCAACCCUCGCUUUUCCCAUCACCCACACCAUGCUCAUCGAUGAUGGCUCAGACAUUGAUCCAGCAGUGCUUGCAACCAUAAGAAAAUUAGACGAUGGGUAUUUUGGAGGGGCAAGGGUAAAGCUAGGCAAACUGUCAGAUUUUCUUUCCACCUCGUUCUAUACGCAUCUGAGCUUCCUGGAUCCAGACUGUGACGGAAAACUGUUCGAUGAUUCUAAUGAUGGCUGUGAUAGUCCUGAAAGUGGAUAUGAAUUAGAAAUGUAUCCAGAUGAUUUAUUUGACAAAGAAAGCCACGAUGAGCUGGACCAGUAUAUAAACGAUAUGCUGCAAAGCACAGCGCUUAAGUCCUACCUGCCUCCAACUUCAAAGGAAGCUAAUCAGCCCCAUAUGUUCAGUGCUGUUCACUCCAUGCGAGAGAUACUGUCAAUAAUGGCCAAGGCAAAGGGUUUGGAUGUCCCAUGCGCUUCGAUGACUCUUCCAACUAAAGUUUUGAACACUCACCGGAAAUCUCUGAAUCUCGUUGAUUCCCCACAUCCUCUUGAAGUGAAGGAUCCUGAAGCUGUUUUGCACUUACCCAAAGAUGAUCGUGGUGAUUUGGAUUGUGAGAAGUUAGUUGAACAGCUGAAGGAGUGCCCAACUCUACAUGAUCAAGCAGAUAUAUUAUACGUCUUGUAUAUAAUAAAAGGCCCAGACUGGGAUACAGAGCUGAAUGGCCAGUAUGGAGUCACCAUUCAUUGUCUGCUCAAUGAGCUCUACAGCAAGGCAGGCCAGAACCAAGAGUGGGGGUUAAUUCGUUACAUCUCUGGCAUACUCAGAAAGAGAGUGGAAGUUCUGGCUGAGGCAUGCACAGACCUUCUGUCACACCACAAGCAACUUACAGUGGGCCUGCCACCUGAGCCGCGUGAAAAAACUAUUACCGCCCCUCUGCCACCUGAAGAGUUGUCAAAGCUUAUUUAUGAAGCCAGUGGGCAAGACAUCAGUAUUGCAGUCCUUACCCAGGAAAUAGUGGUGUAUUUGGCUAUGUACGUCAGGUCACAGCCCAGCCUUUUUGCAGAGAUGCUCAGACUCCGCAUUGGACUAAUAAUUCAGGUGAUGGCUACUGAGCUGCUUCGCAGUUUGAACUGUUCAGGUGAAGAAGCCUCAGAAAGUUUAAUGAAUCUAAGCCCCUUUGAUAUGAAAAAUCUCCUGCACCAUAUUUUGAGUGGGAAAGAGUUUGGCGUUGAAAGAAGCAUGCGGCCUCUAGAUUCCUCUACCUCCAGCCCUGCAAUUUCUAUUCAUGAAGUCGGGCACACUGGAGCAACUAAAACAGAAAGAAGUGGCAUUACUAGACUGAAGAGUGAAAUGAAACAGAUGAAUAGGAGGUCAUCUGCUGAUGAAAAGUUCUUUUAUGGGGGCCAUUCCAUGUCCAGCAGCAUGCAUGCUUCCAGGUUCACGAGAAAGAAAGCUUGACUGUGCAUCAGUCAGGAUGCUGUACAAAGAAAAUGAACAUACUGCAUCAAACCAGCAAAGGUAAGCUGGUUUGGGUUUUUUUUGCAUUAGAAGGAAAAGCCAUUGAGUAGGUAUAUCACGUUUUAGAAUUCACGUCUGUAGUUUUCUAGCAUUCCGAUCCUGCAGACCUUACUCUGGUUAAACUUCCACAAUCUUCAGUAGCAGUUUCCUUUGAGAAAGGACUGGUGGGAUCAGGCUGUCAGUGAGCUCCUCUCUAGGCAGUACUCCAGGCGCAGUUAUGCCUGGCCCUGCAUGGGUGUGCAAGAGUGGGCAAGGAGCCUUUCGUACCUUAAUACAGAACUGGGCGCAAUCCAGUUGACUAGAAGGUUUAUGCAAGUCUAGAGCCACAGCUAGUGCAAGACUCUUCCCUCUUUGCACAGGACAACAAAGCUGGUUAUAUGCAUGUGCAUCACAUAGCAUAGUCACUCUAUGCUCUUUUUUGGGCACAAUACAUUCAGAAAUUCUUGCAAUAGUCUCUGCACCACUCUCAAUCACCACUGCUCCCUAAAAGGCACUAAUUUAGCCCUGAGAGUGUUUAAACAGAUGAACUGUGGAAGUUGUCCACACUAGCAAGAAAUCCCACUUUAAUCUAUGCACGCUGUUCUGGUCAUGGAACAGAGCCUGCCUCUUAAGUAUUUCCAAGUUAGAUUCAAAAGGAAAGUCCUCUGAAAUAUGAAGAUGUCUUUUAAGUCAUUAAACUUAGAUUUUACAUAAUUGUCUUUUGCUCUGACAAGCUCAUUUGUCCAGUUGGUUGACUUGAAAAUAUUUGUGUAAGCACCAACAGAUACAGUAUAAAUCAGCUCUCUUGGUCUAGCAGCAGGAGCCCAGCUAUGAAAAGUUGCUUCUUCCUUCCCAAAAAAUGGGAGGGACUGCUAUUGUUACUUUGAUUCCCCCUUUAAGACAAGGGGAUACCAACCCCCAGAUUGAGUACCAUGAAGGAUAUUUGUAAGCAAGGGGAGAGACGCUUGCUUCUCUGUAAAAAUCCGAGGAAGAUGGGAACAUUGCCCAGGAGUCCUAUAGUUUAGGAGGAUUGAAUGAUUCAUGUAUUAUAAAAAGAUUCCAGGAUUGCCAGGCUGAGUCAGUGUGAAGCGAUGGAAGAAACUACAAGCUGGGUUGAGAGCUGUUGUUUAGAAUGUCACUAGGUUCAAUCCCCACUGGGUUCCAUGAGAACAAAAUGGAAUGUUGGCAUCCAAAGGUUCUAUGGCAGUUAGAAUGUGAGAGUUGAGCAGAGGAGGUGGGAGUAACAGCUACACGGACUAACAAAAAGGGGGUGGUGCCUCCAGCCAGGGGGCACCUCUGUGUAUGAACUUUGGGGAACAAGUACAAACAGCAACAUGGCUCGUUACAACACACAGUGCAUGGAAAUAAUAGCCCCUCAAUUUUACCUACCUAUGUGUCUUCACUAUCUGAUUUCCUAUUCACUAGUACAUGCUGCUUUGUGGUGUUAGCAUGUUUACUGCUGUGGUGUUUUGUGUGUGUUUCCCGCUGUGGUGUUCGGCAGAAUAAUACACAAAUGUACUGGUGUGAAGGGCUGCCACAAGUACUAAAAUAAUCUGAUUCCAAGCUGUACAGAAUUGGGCACAAGUGUAAACAGUCCCCAUGUGUAUCGCAAUAUGAUGGCACUGUUACCAGGACCACUCUGAGCUUUGACCACCUAAUGCUAGGAAAGCAAGCUACCCGCGCUGGCCAUAGAAAGGCUAAAAGAAGGAAAAUGCUAUGGGAAAAUAAUCAGAUAGAGAGCAAAGGUGGUGGUUUACUUGGCCUAAAUGCCAUACCCAUAUGACAGCACUGGCUUUCAUCUACUGAUAGUGUAUGUGUGAUUUAUUGAGUGGUCCCAUGUAUCAAAAUAUGGGCCCUUGUCUCUCUCAACCUAUGAUGCCCUUUGCAAUGCAUUCCUUUAAAUGGGUGGCUUUUGCUUCCCCAGGCUGUGGACUGGCUGCUGAAGAAUGCCAGAGCCAUUCUUAUGCAAGAAGGAAUGAGGGCUUCUAAUGCAGAACACAUGUGAUUUCCACUGACCCUGGAAAUAAGAAUUUAAUGAUGGUGCCCCAACUUUACAGAUAACAAAGAGCAAUAAUCUGUUUGCCCAAUUUGCUCAUGAUCAAGCCUGAAAGAAUAAAUAACAGUGAAAUCAAGAGCAAUAAUGACAGCAUUCAGGAUAUAAGUCUGACAUGUGGAGAAAUGUAAUAUCUCAGGGGUUGGCAACGUUUGGCACGCGGCUUGCCAGGGUAAGCACCCUGGCGGGCCGGGCCAGUUUAUUUACCUGCUGACCCUUGUAGCUCCUUGCAAAAGUGCCUUCCUGAAAUUAUGGACCCAUCAUUUGUCUUAAAACACAACUGCAGAUCCUGUAAUCUCUUUCACACUGAAGGCUGUGGUGCAAAGAAUUUAUAAGGUCUGCAGACAUGCUUGGCAGAGCUGGUAAGUUCCACAAACCAAAUAAACUCCUGUUCAAGGAAGUUAUACACUCAGCUGGCAAGACCAGUAGAAUUUUUAAAAUUCCAGGAAAGGUCUGAUGGGGGAAAUGCCAUUUCUGCUCCUUAUGUCUCCCAGGGAUUACUGAGAUGGUCCAAUGGAAGGUCUCCUCAAUGGGGUAUGAGGGCAUUCCUUUGCCUAGCUCUAGUAGAUAGCCGCAAAAGAAAUCUGUAUCUGGGUAUCAGGAAACUGGAAAAAGUCCAAGUUAGGAUAGUUGUCCCAUAUACUGCACUAGAGGGGGCAGAGAAGCAAUCCAGAUAUUUGUCAAAUGGACAGAUUAAUAAUCAUCCCUUGACCAUGGCUGGCUGGAUCCCUCUCCAUACACAUAUACUAUGCAGUGUGAGCAAACAAAUCUACUAAUCUGUUCUGUUUAGUUUAACCACUUUUGCAUGCCUGUGACCUUUUCAUAGUAUACCUUAAAACCACCAUUGAUCUUACAACAUAUUUACAAAAAAGUUACAAUUCCUUCCCCCUACUUUUAGCACUAAAGUUUACCUCUAGCCAAAUCCCCAAUAUAUAUUUUGAUCUCAAGCUAAGGAGAGUCCAGCCUGUUUAGUUUUUGAAUGGGAGAGCAAGGGGAAAAUAGCCGGUGCUGCCAAGUCAGAAGUGAGGCAUUUGUUCCCAAGUUUAAGUACUUUAACAGCAGUGCCACUUAGAAUUAGGAUUCAGUCUGUGUGGUUGCUCUGUCAAGUAAAGACAUCCCCUCUCCCCACCCCAACCAUGAUAGAAGACUUUUCUAAAAUCACGUUAUUAAUUGGGUCAGAUGAAGCUGCAAAGUCAAGCUGAUUUUGUUUUGCUGACUGCUCAUUGGUUCAUUUUGAAAUUGAGGCAAAUAAGUAAAAUGUGAAGAGAUUUGUUGUGAAAGAAAAACGUUUACCUUAUCCUGUCAACGUCUUCAAAAGAAAUCAGUCAAUAUUCACCAAAAACUGCAUUGAAUUGAAACUGUAACAGAGUGGUGUAACAUGCAAGAGUGGGUGCUCUCAUGUUAACAUGUUGUAGUUACUAAAUGGUCUG